AGGAGAACUUGCUGAGCACUGCAGUGUGUUUGGGUCAGCAGAAAAGCAAAGGAGCUGUCUUUUAGGUUGCUGAAGAUGGCCAAAGGGGAGACUGGCGUGCGAUGUUUCCAAGGCAUGCUUAUCAUGGGCAAUGUCAUUAUGGGGCUCUGUGGCCUUGCCCUGAUGGCAGAGUGCAUAUUCUUUGUGUCAGACCAACAAUCAGUGUAUCCUCUGCUGGAAGCUACUGACAAUGAUGACAUCUAUGGUGCUGCCUGGAUUGGGAUCUUCACUGGCUUUGGUUUCUUCUGUAUGUCUGUCCUUGGUAUUGUUGGAGUCUUGCAGUCAAACAGAACAAUGUUGUUGGUGUAUAUCUGCUUGAUGAUGAUUAUCUUUGCCUUUGAAGUGGCCUCUAGCAUCACAGCAGCUGUGCACAGAGACUUUCUCACUCGCAAUCUCUUCUUGAAACAAAUGUUGGAAAAAUACCAAAAUCCAGAGCCAGUCAACAAUGAUGACAACUGGAAGAGUGCAGGUGUUACCAGGACAUGGAACCGUUUCAUGUUACAGGAUAAAUGUUGUGGUGUGAAUGGGCCAUCAGACUGGCAGACCUAUACCUCUGUCUUCAGGACUGUGAACAACGAUGCAGAUUUUCCCUGGCCACGGCAGUGCUGUGUCAUGGAUACCCUAGGAACACCAAUCAACUUGGAUGGCUGCAAAUUAGGGGUGUCUGGCUAUUUUCACAACACGGGCUGCUAUGAAACCAUUGCUGGCUCAAUGAACAGACAUGCCUGGGGUGUUGCCUGGUUUGGCUUUGCUAUUCUCUGCUGGACAACUUGGGUCCUCCUUUGCACCAUGUUCUACUGGAGCAGAAUUGAAUAUUAAAAGAACUACUGUCUACGAACUCAUCCUCCUUGGAAUCUGCAAAUUAAUUUUGGUUUUUUUAAUGUGAUGUGUGUUGUCUCCAUCUAUUUCCUCUCUGGAGAUUCUGAAAAUCCUUCCUUAACCCUUCUAUCUCUGCUUAGUGGUGACCUCUUUCCAACCCCCCACAUUUCAAAUUUAGCAGACUCAUACCUGCAGUAGGAUGGUGGGAUGGGUGGUAGAAAUGCUCUCAUGCUGUGCUCUGACCACUUGAGUUCAGCACCAUUAGAUGGGUGCGCUAUGACUAGAGAUAGCGGCAUGGAGGAAAUGCCUCCAAACCAAUUUGAAGGCAAUUGUCUGGAGCAAGCAUGUUGUGUUUUGUAACACUCCGUCAAGAGUAUUACUGAAAUGAUUUCCCUCUGCUUUGUAAGCAAAGCUCAUUUUACCAUUUCUUUGCAGAGGCAAUAAAACACUUUACAAUGUUUCACUUUUUCCUCUGAUUGAUGUGAGGGAUGUAAGUUGAACUAGGAAAUGUGGCUAAAUUGGGUUUGUUAGUUUUGUUAUGAACUGUGAUCCAUGAACUAUACGUGUGACACUGUGUUACUCAUGGCUACCUCUUGUAAUGGAUCACAGGUAACUUAGCAAUGGUAUGCACACCAUCCUGUGGAACUGGGCCCAACCCAUGUU